AUGACCAACAACCAAGACAUGAUCGAGAAACCGCGCGCCGGGGUCGAUACCACCGUCGCCGAUCCAGAAAAGAUCCAGGAAAGGUCGAGCUUCGAAGACGAUGCCUCCAAGACGCCGCAAGUGGGCGUCGUAGGCGAUGCGCACCCCGGCGACGAUGACAACCUCUUUGGCGGCGGCAAGACCUACCGCACCCUGGGCAUGUGGGACACGACGCUCGUCCUGGCCACCAACCAGGUCGGCCUCGGUAUCCUCACGCUGCCCGCCAUUCUCAAGACGCUGGGUCUCGUGCCCGGCCUCGUCGCCAUUGUCGGGCUCGGCGUCGUGUCCUGGUACACGGCCUACGAGCUGCUGCAAUUCUACCGCGCGCACCCCCACGUUGUCAACAUGGUCGACAUGGCACGCAUUGUCGGCGGCCGCCCUCUCGAGCUCAUCUUUGGCGUCGGUCUGCUGUUCAAGGUCAUGAUGACGUGCGGCUCCGCCACCGUUACCCUCUCGAUUGCCUUCAACACGCUGUCCAACCACUCGACCUGCACCGUCGCUUUUGCCGCCGCUGGUGCCUUUUGUUGCUGGGUCCUGUGUCUGCCGCGCACAUUCAAGUUUGUCGCUCAGGCGGGUUUGCCCGCAACAAUCAGCAUCAUCGUGGCCGUCUUCAUCGUCAUCAUCAGCCUUGGCGUAGCGGGCCACCCCCGUGGCGAGGUGCAAGGCUGGGCCAAGGAAGUGGUCAUCAUCGGUCACCCCAGCUUCCGUGAAGGCGUUACCGCAUGCCUCAAGGUGUGCUAUGCGUAUGCUGGCAAUGUUGGGUUCGUCUCGUACAUGGCCGAGAUGAAGAAUCCUUCCCGCGACUUUCCCAAGGCCCUCACGAUUCUGCAAGUCUUCUCCGUGCUCCUAUACGUCCUCACCGCGGUGACCAUUUAUGCUCUCUCCGGUCAGACAGUGCGUUCGCCCGCCCUCGGCUCCGCCCCCGAUAUCCCUGCCAAGGUCGCCUAUGCCAUUGCACUGCCUGCGAUUCUAUCCACGGGUAUGGUCUUUGGUCAUACUGCCGUCAAGUACAUAUACGUCGUUGUCCUGCGCGCCACCAAGACGACGCACCGAGCCACAGAAAACUCGCUACGCUCGUGGGGGCUCUGGGUUGGCAGCGCCAGUCUGUUUUGGGUUCUUGCCUUUGUCCUGGCCAGCGCCAUUCCCAUCUUUGACUCGAUCGUGUCCAUUUCCUCGGCGACCUUUGUGGCAUGGUUCACAUUCGGCGUCAGCGGCGUUUUCUGGUAUCAUCGUAACUGGCAGGAAAAGUUUGCCCGCAAGAAUAUUCCCCUAGCCAUUGUCAACGCCCUGCUUAUCCUCCAGUCGCUGUUUAUGAAUGGCGUCGGCAUGUGGGCGUCUGUCGAGGGUCUGCUAGACGUUUACAACACGCCCGGCAAACUUGAGGGCUCUUUUACCUGUGCUGAUAACUCGAUUUUCUGA